GCGGUGCUUCCGGCCGACGGAGGCGGGGCCUGGGGCACGGUGAGGGGCGGAACCCAGGCCGCGACCCCCACCCGGGCGCACCGUAAUGGCCAGGCACGUGUUCCUGACGGGGCCCCCAGGAGUUGGAAAAACAACACUGAUCCAGCAAGCCAGUGAGGUUUUAAAAUCCUCUGGUGUGCCUGUCGAUGGAUUUUACACAGCAGAAGUCAAACAGGGAGGGCGAAGAAUAGGAUUUGAUGUUGUCACAUUAUCCGGCAUGCGGGGAGUUUUGUCUAGAAUUGGGUCAGAGCCUCCGCCCGGAAAACGUGAAUGCCGGGUUGGGCAGUAUGUGGUGGAUCUGACUUCCUUCGAGCACUUGGCACUUCCGGUCCUGAGGAAUGCAGGUUCCAGCAGUGGCCCAGGGCAGAGAGUGUGUGUCAUCGAUGAGAUUGGGAAGAUGGAGCUCUUCAGUCAGCCUUUCAUCCAGGCUGUUCGUCAGAUGCUGUGCACCCCAGGGACUGUAGUCCUGGGCACGAUCCCGAUACCUAAGGGAAAACCACUGGCCCUCGUGGAGGAAAUCAGAAACAGAAAGGACAUUCAGGUGUUCAGUGUAUAGCUGAAAACCUUGGACAUUACAUAUAAAACAAACAUAAGGAGACCUGAAGGGUGGAAAGAAGGCAGCACACCGGCUCGGAGGCUCAGCCAGGGGACAACACAACAGACACAACUGAAAAUCUCUUGUCCUACCAGGAACCAGGAGAAGCAACUUAAUUGAAACAAACAUCAAAACGUGCCAACAGCAAGAUGACGGAUAUGUUGGAAUUAUAGGGCAGAGACUUUAAAACAGCUGUGAUGAAAAUGUUUCAGUGAUCAAUUGCAAACACGCUCGAAACAAAUGAAAAAUAGUGUCCAUUUUAGCAAAGAUAUGGAAGAUACAAAGAAGAAUCAAACAAAAAUUUUAGAACUGUAACAUAUAAUAACUGAAUGAGAAAGUCUCUGGAAAGAGUCCCCAGGAGAAUGAAGACAACAAAGGAAAGAAUCGGUAAACUUGAAGGUAGAACAAUAGAAAUUGCCCAACAAAGAGCAGACUUUGGGGGGCGGGGUGGACAGAGCUCAGGGACUUGCGGUACUAUAAUAAAGAUCUAACAUUCAUGUCAUUGGAGGAUGGUCUUGGUAAUUUAGAAACUUCUAUCAUGGUGCGGGUAUGAGUAUUGACAGUCACAUUCCUGAAAAUUUUUCUCUUUCGAAAGUUUGAUUAAUUUUUUUUGUCAUGUCUUAUAGAAUUUAUUGGUCACUACGUGUGGCUGCUGAAAAAUGUAUUCAAUUUAUUUCACAUUUGCUUGUUUGGAGCGUAAUAUGUUUAAUGCUGUAGAGGCAAGAGAUAAAGACCUUCAUGGAUCAGGAUUACUAGAAAGAGCUGUGUGCACUGUUUCCCUGGUUCUGUAGCAACAUGAAGAAAAUAUCCCUGCUGGUCACUUCCCACCUCAUGCAUGGGCGCGUGCACAUGUGAACACACGUACAUAUGAGUUUCGUGGUCAUAGUGGCAUUUAGAAAGCAU